UCGCGACGCGCCCAGCCCGCUCCGCUUUGGGGGAGCGGCCCCGGAGAGAUGGCUCUCCGGGCUUCGACGCGCCCACUGCUGCUGCAGCUCCUGCGGGGGCCCGGUGGGCUCGGCCGGGGCCUGGCCUCGGAAGGGACCCGGGAGCCGCUGCCGGUGAUCCGCGUCCCGCAGCCCCUACAAUUGCGGCGCAGGGCAGGCGCACGGGGUCGGCCGGCCACGCGGGGCACGGGGCCCCAGCCCACGGUGCCCCGGCCCGGUCCGCUGCUGAUCGCGGCGCGGCGGCCGGAGUUCAGCCAGCCGGCGCGCCUCACGCUGGGCCGUUGGGAGUGCGCGCCGCUGGCUUCGCGCGGCUGGAAGCACCGGCGCUCGCGAGGCGACCACUUCUCCAUCGAGCGCACGCACCAAGGGGUGCCCGCGCUGCCACCCGAGGCCGAGGCAGGGGACAGGGCGGAGGAGGCGGCGGAGCCCGAGGCCGGCGCCGGCUUCGCCCCCCUGGGCCUGCAGCCCCGCAUGCUGGAGGCCCUGCGGCAGGCCGCACCCGCUGUCGUGCGGCCCACGUGGGUGCAGCUCCGAGCUGUGCCUCCGCUGCUCCGAGGCCGCCACCUGCUGUGUGCGGCUGAGACGGGCAGCGGCAAGACCCUGAGCUACUUGCUGCCUCUGCUGCAGCGCCUGCUGAGCCGGCCCAGGCUGGCCGCCAACUGCCCAGCGCCCCGAGGCUUGGUUCUGGUGCCCUCCCGAGAGUUGGCAGAGCAGGUGCGUGCCGUGGCCGGGCCCCUGGGCCAGGCCCUGGAGCUGCAGGUGCGGGAGAUCGGCGGGGGCCGGGGCAUGGGCAGCGUCCGGCGGCAGCUGUCCUUCCAGCCCCCUGCCGACGUGCUGGUGGCCACCCCGGGAGCCCUGUGGAAGGCGCUGAAGGGGCGGCUGGUGAGCCUGGAGCAGCUCUGCUUCCUGGUGCUGGACGAAGCGGACACCCUGCUGGACGAGAGCUUCCUGGAGCUGGUGGAGUACAUCCUGGGGAAGAGCCCCAUAGCCGAGCACCUGGACGAGCUGGAAGACCCCUUCAACCCCCAGGCCCAGCUCGUGCUGGUGGGGGCCACUUUUCCUGAGGGGGUGGGAGAGCUGUUGAGCAAAGUUACCGACCUGGGCAACCUCACCACCAUCACCAGCCCCCGGCUGCACUGCGUCAUGCCUCACGUGAGGCAAAAGUUCCUAAGGCUGAAGGGGAGUGAGAAAGUGACAGAACUGAUUCAGGUCCUCAAGCUCCGUGGAGAAGACAACCCAGGGGCCGUCCUGGUGUUCUGUAACAGUUCCAGCACCGUCAACUGGCUGGGCUAUAUCCUGGAUGACCACAAAAUCCAACACUUGAGGCUUCAGGGACAGAUGCCGGCCACCAUGCGAGCAGGCAUCUUCCAGUCUUUUCAGAAUGGCACCAGGGACGUUCUGCUCUGUACGGAUAUAGCUUCUCGGGGCCUAGACAGUACCCGGGUGGAGCUGGUUAUCAAUUACGAUUUUCCACCAACCUUGCAGGACUAUAUUCACCGAGCUGGCCGAGUGGGCCGUGUGGGGAGCGAAGCGCUGGGAUCCGUGAUUAGUUUUGUAACUCAUCGUUGGGAUGUGGAACUGGUCCAGAAGAUCGAGCUGGCCGCAAGAAGGCGGAGAAGCCUCCCAGGGAUAAAGACAUUGGUUAAAGAACCUUUGCCCCCAAUAGAAUUGACUUCUUAGCCAGCCAGUGACACUAAAAAGGUGGCUAUUUAUGACUGUGACCCGAGGAUGGUGCCCUCCACAGAGUGAGAGGAGGAUUGAAUUGCUAUGGGGAAGGCCUUUGGGGUUCUAAAGUACCAGUCUCUGCCUAGAUGAGGGCUGCUAAGUGGCAGUGUUGAAUUUGGUGUAGCUCUACACAAUAGUGUGAGCUUCUGUGUAAUAAACUUGACUGGUUUGCAUUUAGUGUAAACUACCUCAAUAAUAAUAUCACCUGCUCUAGUUGUAUAGGGUGAGGAUGUCCAGAGUUUUAAAACAUGGGAUAUAUGAACAAUAAAUGCAGGCCAUAAGAAUUCUUUAUAUGGUUAAAUAUAGCCUGGUGGUGUGGGUUUUUUUUUUCCGUUUUAGUCUCUUUUUUCACAUCAACAUCAUUUCUUUAUACACUCUUUACUGUCCCUUUGGAACCAAAAAAAAAAGUUUAGCCAGUAGAGCAACUGUAUCAAUCCCGGUCUUCCACAUUCAGCCCUGUAGUCAUGAACAUUGUUCUGGUUCUGCUUACUUUGCUCUAUAUUUUUUCAUAUGUGUUUUUUUCCUCAGACUUCCUCAUAUUCCUCAAGCUUUUUUUUUUUUUUUUUUUUUGGUGAGGCAAUUGGGGUUAAGUGACUUG